CGUAAAGCAGCCCUAUUACAGGAAGCUGUAGCCUAAUCGUUAGGGGUUAAUCCACGCAGUUUACAGUGUGCCCUUGGUCGACCCUCUUUCAAUGUAAUUUGAUGAAGUGACGGAGCAGCGAUUUCGGAGAAUACGGACGAUACAAGCUACAUGUAGCAAAACUAAAAAAUCAAUCGCUGCCCACGUCAGAGGAACUGCGGUACAUUAGCAGAAGAAUGCCAGCGGGUGUGUGUGGCUGCUGUGGACCGCUGAGGCCCAGGUACAAACGCCUGGUUGAUAACAUCUUCCCAGAGGACCCCAAAGAUGGCCUGUCCAAGUCAGACAUGGAGAAGCUCACCUUCUACGCGGUUUCAGCCCCGGAGAAGUUGGACAGGAUCGGGGCCUACCUGGCGGAGCGACUGAGCCGAGACGUGGUCCGCCAUCGCUACGGGUAUGUGGUCAUCGCAAUGGAGGCUCUGGACCAGCUCCUGAUGGCCUGUCACUCCCAGAGCAUCAAGCCCUUUGUGGAGAGCUUCCUCCAUAUGGUGGCCAAGCUGCUGGAGUCCCGGGAGCCAGACCUGCAGGUCCUGGGGACCAACUCGUUUGUCAAGUUUGCCAACAUCGAGGAGGACACACCGUCCUACCACCGGCGCUAUGACUUCUUUGUCUCCCAGUUCAGCGCCAUGUGCCACUCAACCCACGAAGACCCUGAGACCAGAACCAGGAUUCGUGUGGCCGGUAUCAAAGGGCUGCAGGGCGUGGUGAGGAAGACGGUGAACGAUGAGCUUCAGGCCAUCAUCUGGGAGCCCCAGCACAUGGACAAACUCAUCCCCUCCAUGCUGUUCAACAUGCAGGAUGCUGAGGACCUAGACAGGGUGGGCCCACCUGGCACGCCUUCGAGGACAGAGCAGGAAGGCGAGGAGAACCCAGCGGCCCUGGCCGAGAGCUGCUUCAGAGAGCUGCUGGGAAGAGCAGCCUACGGCAACAUGAACAACGCUGUCCGCCCUGUACUAGUGCAUCUAGACAACCACCGGCUGUGGGACCCCAACGAGUUUGCUGUUUCCUGUUUCCGGAUCAUCAUGUACUCCAUACAGGCCCAACACUCCCACCACGUCAUCCAGCAGGUCCUGGGCCACCUGGACACGCACAACAAGAACACCCCCCGCAUGAGGGCCGGCAUCGUGCAGGUCCUCCUGGAGACGGUCGCCAUAGCAGCCAAAGGCUCUGUCGGCCCCACGGUACUGGAGGUGUUCAACACCCUGCUCAAGCACCUGCGGAUGAGCGUGGACUUUGAGCUGGGUGAGAACUCCAGACGGAACUCCGGCGCCAGCGUGUCCUCGUCCGGACGGAUCAAGGAGAGCGAGGAGCGCAUCGUCCAGAACGCAAUCAUCCAGACCAUCGGGUUCUUUGGUGGCAACCUGCCAGACUACCAGCGUGCAGAGGUGAUGAUGUUCAUCAUGGGCAAGGUGCCCGUGUACGGCACCCCCUGCCACACCUUGGACACUGUGAAGAUUGGGCACCAGGGCACCAAGCGUAUCCAGGCCAUGCUGCUGAGCUCACUCAUCAUGGUGACCUCUGGUUUCAAGUCCAAGACCAUGGUAGCAGCUCUGCCCGCACCCUUCCUGGACCCGCUCUUUUCCAUUUCCCUCAUGGAGGACAGCGAGCUUCGCCAGUUGGUCCUCGAGAUCCUGCUCAACAUCAUCGAUCGCCACGACAACCGCGCCAAGCUGCGGGGCAUCAGGAUCAUUCCUAAUGUGGCGGCCUUGAAGAUAAAGAGGGAGAAGAUAUCGAAACAAGACGUUGGGUUCAUGAAAAAGCAUGGGCAGCAGUUGUACCGUCACAUCUACCUGGGCUGUAAGGAGGAGGACAACGGUCACAAGAACUUUGAGCUGCUCUUCACUACCCUGGCCGUGCUCACCAUUGAGCUGGCCAAUGAGGAGGUGGUUGUGGACCUCAUCAGGCUGGCCCUUGCCCUGCAGGAUAUGACCUUGGCUAAUGAGGAGAACAUGCCCAUGGUCAUCCGCUGUGGCAUCAUGGCACUAGUGGCGGCCUACCUGAACUUCCUUAGUCAGAUGAUCGCCAACCCGCCCUUCUGUCAACACGUAAGCAAGGUGAUUGAGAUGAGGAACCUGGAGGCCCCUUACCUCCUCCCUGAGCACAUCUUCAGGGAGAAGUGUCCGCUUCCAAAUGAUCUGGAGAAGGAAGACAGGAGCCUGUAUUUCCAGACGGUUGACCUGGCGGAGUGCCUGGUCGGCCCAGGAUACAAUGCUGAGCGUCUCUCAAUCCCCUACGUCCCCCAAGUGACAGAUGAAGACCGCUUCACCAGAAGAAAGAGUUUGGUUGACACCAUUUCUCUUCAAGUGGACUUCCCUUCUGAUAGCCUACCAGACAAGUCUCUGCUGGCUGAAGAGAUCACCUUCGAGACUCUGAAAAAGGCCAUUGAUACCACAGGGUUGGAGGAGCAGGAGAAGGAGAAGAGGCGCCAGGUCAUGGAGAAGUUCCAGAAGGCUCCAUUUGAGGAGAUUGCCGCCCACUGCGAGUCCAAGGCCAAUAUGUUACAUGACAGACUGGCGCAAAUCUUCGAGCUCACUAUCCGGCCCCCUCCCAGCCCCUCUGGAGUGGUGUCUAUCUCUGCGGGCCACGCUCAACACCAAUCUGUCCCUGUCUACGAGAUGAAGUUCCCCGACCUGUGUGUCUACUAGAUCAAAGACCCGCCACUAACACCUUGUAUCCUCAACCCUAGCCCUGACCGUUUACCCUACCCAGACCUGCGUGUCUACUGGAGCAAAGACAACCCACUUAGCCCUUACACUCUAACCACUAUUAACUUAUACACCCAACCCUUCACCCAAAACCCUAACCACUAACACAUUGUACCCUCAACCCUACCCCAUUGCCUAACCCCUUCAAAUAUGGGUGUCUAUUAAAGCAAAAACAAUGGCAGGAUAGAACCACUAAAACCAUAUACCCUCAACCCUACCCCCUAAGUCUGCUCCUUAGCCCUAUACCUGAUGUGUGUGUCUGCUACAGCAAAGACUAGCUGGACCACUAAGCCCUAAAACUGAGUUCCCUAUUUCUUAACACUGCCCCACCUCAGACUAAUGUGUAUAUUACCAGAUGAGCUUCCAGUCAAACACACACACACGCACGCACACAGGCUACACACACAUGAACGCGUGCGCGCGCACACACAUUCGUAUCUAUAGUCUAAUCAAUUAGCUGUGGUGCGUUGGCUUAUACGCUUGGAAAGUGGAGAUGUCAUGGAAUAUCAAAAAGUCUACAUUACUGGAGGCACCUUGUCGUUUGGAAGAUACCAUCGCGCUUGCUAGCAAAGAGAUUUGUGAUGGCUAACUAACAGUAAAUAAGUUAAUUGUUUUGCCUCACCUAGCCAGCUAAAAUGGUUUACAGUUAGUUAGCAAUCGUUUCUAAACUAUUUUGCUAGCAACAGUAGUGCUUCCGUGUCAAUUAUAACCAGUCUCACAAAAUGGUGUCUCCAGUUGUUUACAUUUUACCAUUGUGAUGCGCAUCCAUGCAUAUCCAUGCAUUUUCUUGCAUAUUAGAGAAAAGUCAUUUUAGCAGCCACCCUUUUGUUUUAGUUUGCAGGCAGAUAAGCCAUGGUGCUGCAGAAAGCUAAUGCCUUGUUUGGAGGGACAGGCUUACUGAAAAGCCCUCUAGAAGUGCUAAUUAGAAAUGUCUACAUUUUGAAAUGUCCCGAUUUAAUGAAAACCAAUUAAUAUAUGUUCAUCUGUGUGAAAGGACCAGGUGAAUUUCAGGUAGAACAUUGAGUCUUGGAAAUGUUGAAAUUCUAUUCUGGAAUAUUCAGGAAGAGACAGCUGGGUGGGUUGAGCAGGGUUCUUUAUUACAGGUCCUUUAUGGCAGUGUUUCCAAAAUGCUGGGUGUGGGACCAGGCUAGUAACGUGCUAGUAACACCCCUGUUAUGUUAUGGUCUUGACUUUUGGUUCCCUCCAUAGGAAUCCAGUCACCACUGUUCAAAACCUACUGGAGUCAUGCCCUUCAGGACCUGUACUGAGGAAUGGUAUUGUGGACCAGCUAACGCUAAUAGAAAAGCAAGCAGUUUAUUACUAAAGGCACCAUGUCAUUUAGUUGAUAUAUUGAUAGUUUAGGAUGAUAUGGCAGCCAAGUGCACUCACAUUUUUUGGUGUUAAUUGAAGUGUUCAGGCAUCUGUACUGAACACUCCCUUCACUUCCACUUAUCUUUUUCAUAGCACUUUCACAAUAUGGUACGAAAACAGCAAAAUAACAUUUAGUUAUUUUUAUUACAUCAUCUUGACAGGAUUCAUGUGAAGGCUGUUAAGUCCUCUUUUUCUUCUCAAUCCUCUCACCGAUGCUGAACACAAUACAGCCAAAUAUUCUAACGCAAUGGACUUUGGAUAGCUGCAUCUAUUUUCUUGUAAGCGAUUUUAACAUGAACAGUUAGUGAUUUUUCAUUAUUGACUGUCACAUUACAAAUCUCUGUCAUUUCUCUUUCCAGUAAUUUGAUGAACCUGCAAUUUGACAUGACGUGUUGGUUUGAUAUCACAAUGCAUCAAAUAAAUAUAGAUGCAGUAUAUACAAUGUUAUGCUUAUUGCUAUAGGCCAGAUGUUUAUGUGCAGUAUAGGGAUUGAGCUGCAAAUUCAUAUUCUUCACAUGGGUUUCAUAGCUUGCAGCUUCCUGUGGAUAUGUGUCAUGAUGAUUUGUCUUGAUUUAGUAUUGAUCGUUAUUUAGAAUAUGUGGGAAAAUAUAAUCGAGAGGGUUCACCAAUAUCGUUUUCCAACUUACCCGGCAAGACUAGAUCUGUCAUAGCUCUUUUGGCUAUCUAGAAUACCAAAACACUUUCAUCAUCGCCAAAGAAUCCAUUUGCCACGGCCCCCACCCGUCCCCUCCCUCCCUCUAACGUCUUAAUAACGAUAUCACUCAUCCUUUGGUUUCUGAGUGAACCAGAUAUCUGGCUGUGUGCUGUUUGGGGCUCUCCACUGGGCUGUCUAAAAACCCAGGUUGUUAUCGUACUUUACUAUCUUUACAACCUGGCUCGAUGCGGGAGUCUCUCCUGUUCCUAGUGCUUGGUAUGAGGCAGACAUGCUGUGCAAAACGCUGCGUUAGUCAAGGAAAAAAGGUCCUCAAUGUGCGGUUGUGUUAGAGAACCAGAGGUCGGAUUAUAACAGAUUAUUUUGGAAGGACCCAACUAAGCAAAGGACCAUUCGGCGAAGGGGUGGGCAUAGUUAAGUCCUACAGAGGUUAGUGUCAGGGGUCUACAGUCCUCCCAAACAAUACACUCUAACAAUGACUAUGGGGCCAUUUGUAAAGAAGCUUCAGCGAUAUGGGUGAUGUUGAGAUGGUUAAUGGUGUGGGCUCAAGUUGAAGAAUAGAGAGGAUAAAGUGAUGUUGGUUACAGGAUACUGCAGAGCGUUGCUGUGGGUGGUUUUGUAUGUUCAAGGUGGUUUCGUAUGUUAAGGGUUAAGUCUCGCUCAGCCAGGCUUUCAGUCUCAAGUAAACUGAGCCACUGUGAGAGACUUGAGUACAGCUUGCGAGACUAGUGGAUCAAAAUUGGUUAGUGUAGUGAGGAAAUACGCCGGGCGGUAGGGUGUACGAUUGUAAAUGGGAAUCGCUAAGGCUUCUGAUAGCAGGGUUGGGGGAAUCGCUAAGGCUUCUGAUAGCAGGGUUGGGGCAAUCGCUAAGGCUUCUGAUAGCAGGGUUGGGGGAAUCGCUAAGGCUUUUGAUAGCAAGAUUGGCUAUUGAGCUUAUUGGUUGGCCUAUAUGUCCAGGUCCCAUAGGAAGAGGUGGUUGGUGGACACCAGCUUCAGCCAUUUUAAUUGAUUGGUGGCGGAAAAGGACCUUUUGGGAAGUAGCCUCUUGGAUUAUAUAUAUAUAUUUUAAUGUGGAAGCUAACGUGGUACUUAAUGACUCAGACCUAAACCACUUGUGAAACAGAUAAAUACCAAAUUUGGCACAGAUGAUUGGACCUCAAACAGAUUUUUCAAUUGUUAGGCUCUCGCAGCUGGGUUGUCGAGAUCGCUGCCUUAGCUAAGAAACUUUCGGGAAACUCACCCAAGAGCAGCAUAAGUCAACAAUGUUCAUCCAUAUCCAUUGUAGACAAGAAAAUCUUAAUUUGGUCUGAGACCUUUUUCCCAUUUUGACCUUCUAAUAUGUAGAAAUGCCCCUAUUGAUGCAUAUAAUCUGAAGUCAUAUCAGAAAUGUCUAAUCUUAUUCAUGGCCAAGUGCAAUAUGUUUUCCUCUGUAUGAUUAUAGGAUUGUUUUUCUUUUGCAACACGUAAUGUCUUAUCUUCAACUGUGGUGUCACUUUAGAUAGCAUAUAGUACUUUGAGUUUAUCGAGAGAUGUAUUAUGAAAUAUCAAGUGUGUAUGGAUAAUCUAUGGGAGUUAACACAUGAGGUUGUAGACCAUACACCAUCAUUGACUGAGAUUGAGUGCCAGUCUGUUUUUUUCUAUCAUGCCCAACUCCCUGUCACUCAUUGGCUUGACAAUGACGGCAAUGGAGUAGACAAGAGCACAAACAGGUCUGGGACCAGGCUAUCAUUGACUUUCUUUAUGCUGAAUUUGUCAAUAGUCUACUAUGGUAUAUUUUUUAUAAAUAUUCAUCAUACCAGUGGCAUGUUGCCUGAUAGAAAAUUAGUUGGGAGCUAUAGUUAUUAUGUUUAUUGUUCAAAAUCAACACUCCUCUUAACGUGAAAUGGUGCAAUGGGAGGCCACUGUUUUUGGCUAAACCAGGCUUUUUGAAGUCUGAUGUUUUCUUGGUGUUUUGAGACGCUGGUGCAGUGUGUGCUGGUUUUCCUUCCAACUGAUCUACGAAAUCCUUUCCGAAGGACAAAAUCCUGACAAAAGUCGUGUUAAUGCCAGAUUCAAUUCAAUAUUCAAUAAGCAGCUCGAUUAAGUAUUGUGUGGAUAAAGUCGUGUGUGGAUAAGGAGAUAAGUUUGUAUGAAAACCAGCAACCACAGGGGGUCUGAAGAUCUGGUGUGACAAAGGCUUCGCUGUGGUGAAGAGGCUGCAGGGAUAUUGAGUCCAUUUUCUCUACUUAUUACAAUGACAAGAUAGAGAAUAGUGAUUAUAGACUCAAAUUAACAGUAUAACUAUUAACAAUCAUUUGAGAGACUGGUCAGCAAUGGCUACAAUUAAGCAUUAUUCUUAAAACCCCAUGCAGUGUUUUUAAUGUAAUAACAUCACUUUGUCUAAUAAAUCACUGUUUAUUUAAUUAUUUAUAUAACUCCAAAAUGUAUUUUUAUAAUUUAUUUCCCUGAGCCUCCUUGGGCCACUGAAAUGCUGAGUCAGAUUGUGUGGGCGUUAGGAAACAAAAUGAAAAUGGGUUGAAUAUUAAAUGAGAUAUGUACAUACACAGCCUGAAUGGCUUUUGGGUGGGACCAGCACCAAAACUAGGAGGGAAUAUGUAAAUAUUUGCAUUGGUCUAUUAUAAUCAGAUCGCCAGGUGAUGUUAUGCGAUGGGCCAAAUUACAUCCCACUUGAACAGGCUGAAAUUCCAGGCUUUUUAUUUCAAACAGCUCUUACACAAAAAGGGCAUUAUCAUAAUUUUCACAAAUUUGUGUUAUUUUGACCUCAUAGUAUGGAAAUAUCAGAAACGUUUUAACUGCACUGCUCCUUUAACAUAUGAAUAUUGACAUUGUUUGUGCUAUGUACAUGGUACUAUGGGAGACAUGGUUUAACAUUGUCUGAUUUAUGGUAUUGGUCAUUAUUAUGGCAACGAUGCAUGAUGGGUCGGUUCCCCUCUCUCCACUGGGGUCUCUGCCAGGCCGGUUCCCCUCUCUCCACUGGGGUUCUCUGCCUCUAACCCUG